ACCACAACUUCUCUGCUGGAACAGCUGGCGUACCUUCCAUUAGCAAUCACACAGGCGUCGGCAUACGUCAACAAAAAGCGCCUAGGUCUAUUUCUAUACCUCGGCCUUUCACGACAAGCGGAACAGGACGCCGUGGAACUCCUGAUUGUAGACUUCAGAGACCCAGGACGCUAUAAGGACACUCAGAACCCUGUGAUCACCACCUGGUUAAUAUCAUUUAAGUAGACUCAGCAGCAGAAUCAAUUAGCAGUAGACUAUCUAUCUUUUAUGUUCUGUAUCAGUCUACGAAACAUCCUGUUGUCACGUCUGCCUCUCCAAUCAACAGAGAAACAGAAACUUAACCGCUUGGUGCUUCUAAAUGCGUACUCGAUCACUCACAGCUGACGCAAACAUAGCUAUGAACAGACUUGUGCAAACUGCGACCCGGGACUGGCUUCGAAAAUAUGGGGUUUCCUGUCUCGAGAUCCGAAGGGUGGCUGAUCAGUUUGGAAAACUCUUCCCGGACAAUAGUCAUGAUAAACGAGGGCUGUGGCGAGAAUACCUCACCCAUGCAUUAGUACUUGCGCAUGAGAAUGACUUUAUUCCACAAUUAAAAUAGUACAUAAAAUUAGUUGAGAGGAUUUCAGAUUGCCUUGCAAGUGACGGAAGGUAUUGCGGGGCAGAGGCACUAUAUCGCAAGCUGAUGUAGAUAAAUCAGGACAAAAAUGGCUCCAAGCAUCCCUCUACUCUGACCAGGAUCGCGAACUUGGCAGUAACCUACCGGAUCAGGGAUGAUGAAAUGAAGCUGAGAAGCUGGGAGUGUAAGUUAUCGAGGCAUCCAGGACAGUGCUGGGAGCUGAGCAUCCUGACACUCUGAUCAACAUGCAUGAUCUUGCCUUUACAUACAAAUAGAUGGGUAAACACACCGAACCCUCAGACCUAA